AUGCGGGGGAUAAACGCUGCCCGACCCUCCCGAUUCGCCCUGAAGCCCCUGAUCGGUUCGGAACCCUCCUGUCCCCCAAUACCCCCCGGUCCCCCCGAUCCCGCGGGACGGAGCCGCGCCCGCCGCAGGAUGCAGCGCAGCCGGGGCCGGGGGCAUCCCCGCCGAGGGGAGGGGGCGCAGAUCGGGGCCCCCCCGGUGCAUCCAACGUCCCGCAAGCCGACACCGCACCCCGAUCCCCCCGGCCCCGCCGUGCAGCUCCCCCCGCUUCCCCCCAUCCCCGUCGGCUGCGGCGGCCGGAGCCGCCGGGACCCCCGGGGGCUCGGGGGGUGCGGGGGGCAGGUGCGGCCGUACCUCAUCCCCGGCGGUGCGGAGCGGUGCGGGGCGGUGCGGGGCGGUGCGGGGCGGUGCGGGGCGGUGCGGGGCGGUGCGGAGCUGGGCGAGGCUCCGGCGCGGCCCCGAGCAGCCGCAUCCCGCCCCCGCCCCCCCGCUCUCGGUCGGGAUUUUCCAGCGGCGCCGCCGCCGUUAGAGGGCGGCACCGGGGGCUCCCCGCGCCCCCCCCGGCCUGUGCCGGGUGGGGGGAGACGGGACCCCCGGGGAGGGCUCCGUUCCUCUCCGUCUGCCUCUUCUCCAGCUUCCGCAAAAACGCCGGGAUCUGCCCCGUCCCCGUGUCCCGGAACGCACCUGCCGCUCCCGACCGGACCGGUCCCUCCAGACCGAACCGGUCCCUCCAGACCGGACCUGUCCACUCAGACCGAAGCGGCUCCCCCGACCGAAUCUGUCCCCCGCGAGCCGCCCGGUGCCGUCCCCAUGUCUUUGGGGACCCACCCAAGGUGUGGCUGA